AUGAAUAAAAUUAAAAUGAAGAAUAACUAUAUAGAAAGAAAAAAAUAUUCAAUUCAUAAUUUGGUUAAAUUAAUUAAUGAAAAAAAGAAUAUAGAAAAUUCCAAAAAGAAUGAAUUAUCAGAAGGGACAACUGAAAAAAAAAAUGUAUCUAUUGAAAAUAAUGAUGUACAUAUGAAUUCAAAAAAAAAAAAAAAAAAAAACAGAACGGAUAAAGAAAAUGGACAUAUAAAAAAUGAAGAUUUUAUAAAUAGUUCCUCAAAUGAUGAAAAUGAUUGUACAAAUAAUGAAGAAAAUAUUGUAAAUGAUGAUCAAGAGGAAUUAACAGAUGAUAAGAACAAAUUAUGUUAUGACCAUGAAAUAAUAAAUAAUGGGUCAUCUGAUGAUAAUGAAAUUAAAUUAUUUAUGUUUGAUUAUAAAGAAUGUCAAAAUAAGAAAUGUUCUUGUAAGAAAUUAUAUCGCUUCAAAAAAAUCAAGAAAGUUCAAAUGAAUAAAAAAUUUAAAGGUAUAGUUUUAACACCUUUUUGUGAAAAAUAUUUUUCUAUAGAUGAUAAAUAUACUAUUGAAAAUUAUGGUUUAUCCGUAGUUGACUGUUCAUGGAAAUCUAUUGAUUUAUUAAAAAGAAUAAAAUUUUCGAACCAAAGAAAAUUACCUUAUAUUAUUGCUGUAAAUAGUAUAAAUUAUGGAAAGCCAUAUAAACUUUCUUGCUUGGAAUCUUUAGCUUUCUGUCUUUAUGUUUGUAAUUAUAAUAAACAAUGUAAUGAUAUCUUAAAUAUCUAUAAAUGGAGUGUUAAUUUUACUAAUUUAAACAAAGAAUUGUUAGAUACAUAUAAAUUAUGUAACACUCAUGAUGAAAUAAAAAAUGCUGAAGAAGAAUUUAUACAAAAAUAUCUACACGAAAAAGAACAAAACAAAAAAAUUGAUGAGUAUAAAAUUAUAUAUGAAGAUGACUACAUAUAA